UAAUUUCCAGGCUGUAGCUGAGAAAAAUCUGGGCAACGCUGCGUAUAAGCAAAAAAAUUUUGUGGAAGCUCACAAGCAUUAUGACAAGGCUAUCGAGCUUGACCCUACCAACAUCACUUUCUACACCAAUAAGGCAGCUGCUUUCUUCGAAGAGCAGAAAUUCGAUGAAUGUGUGGAGAUGUGUAAGAAGGCUGUAGAAGUGGGACGCGAACAACGCGCCGAUUUCAAAUUGAUUGCUAAGGCGAUGGCUCGGGCUGGUAAUGCAUUUUCUAAGAAGGAAGAUUAUAAAGAAGCCCUGAACUGGUUUGAAAAGUCGAUCUCCGAACAUAGGGACCCAGAAGUUGUUAAAAAAGCUAGGGAGUUGGAGAAGGAAAUCAAAGAGAAGGAACGUUUGGCAUAUAUUAAUCCCGAAUUAGCACAACAAGAAAAGAAUCUUGGAAAUGAACUGUUUAAGGCAAGUUCUCUUUUUUCGAUUUUGGAUGGCUUCAUACAUUUCUAUAUGAAGGGUGACUAUCCUGGUGCUAUGAAGCACUACAACGAGGCGGUUAAACGUGAUCCAGAUAACGCUAUUCUCUAUUCAAAUCGUGCUGCCUGUUAUACGAAGCUCAUGGAGUUCCAACGUGCCCUUGACGACUGCGAACACUGUAUCAAACGUGAUCCUAAAUUUAACGAGAUCAUUGGAAAAGUGGCCGAUGUUACGCCAUCUCGUUCAAACGGAUAUAUACGAAAAGGUGCCGUAUUAUCUGCCAUGCGUGAAUGGACGAAAGCCAAACGAGCUUACGAAGACGCUCUUGUCAUAGACCCUUCUAAUGCAGAAGCACUUGAAGGCCUGCGUACCUGCUUCCGUGACAAUGAUGAAGACCCAGAAAAAGCGCGCGAAAGAGCUCUAGAAGAUCCUGAAGUUCAAGCUAUCCUGCGUGAUCCUGGAAUGCGAUUAUUGUUGGAACAGAUGAGUCAGGAUCCUGGAGCAGUGAGAGAGCACCUGCAGAAUCCCGAGAUAGCCGCGAAGCUGCUGAAAUUGCGCGAUGCUGGUAUUAUUCAGAUGAGAUAAAU